GUUUGGUCAUCACUCAUCAUUACCAUUCUCAUUCACCAACCCAAUUCCAACUCCACCAACCUCUCCACUCAAUUCAAAACUCUCUCUCUCACAACAAAAGAGUCAAAGAGAGAUAGAAAGAAAGAAAGAGGUGUGUGAGGGAAAUCAAUGGCGGAAGCUAGCGGAGUGAAGAGAAUGAAGCUGGGAAGCCAAGGCCUUGAGGUAUCUGCACAGGGCCUCGGUUGCAUGGGCCUCUCCUCCUUCUACGGUACUCCCAAGCCUGAAAGCGACGCCAUGGCUCUUCUCCACCACGCAAUCGAAUCCGGCGUCACUUUCCUAGACACUUCCGACAUCUACGGUCCUCAGACCAACGAGCUGCUCCUCGGCAAGGCGCUGAAGAAUGGGUUUAGGGAGAAAGUGGAGCUCGCUUCCAAAUUUGGGAUCAGCUACGGAGAGGGGAAGAGAGAGAUAAAGGGAGAUCCUUUCUAUGUGAGGGCAGCUUGUGAGGCUAGUUUGAAGCGUCUUGAUGUGGAUUGCAUCGAUCUUUAUUACCAGCAUCGCAUCGAUACUCGUGUCCCUAUCGAAAUCACUAUGGGAGAACUAAAGAAGCUAGUUGAAGAGGGUAAAAUAAAGUACAUUGGUUUGUCUGAAGCCUCUGCCUCAACUAUCAGAAGAGCGCAUGCUGUUCACCCCAUAACUGCAGUGCAGUUGGAGUGGUCUUUGUGGUCUAGAGACGUGGAAGAAGAAAUCAUCCCAACCUGCAGGGAGCUUGGAAUUGGAAUUGUUGCUUACAGUCCCCUAGGACGAGGUUUCUUUGCAUCAGGACCUAAGCUUGUUGAGAAGCUUGACCAAAAUGACUUCAGAAAGACUCUACCGAGAUUCCAACAGGAAAACCUAGACCACAACAAGAUUCUGUAUGAGAAAGUUUGUGCAAUGUCAGAGAAGAAAGGGUGCACUCCGGGACAACUAGCCCUCGCGUGGGUUCACCACCAGGGAGAUGAUGUUUGCCCCAUCCCAGGAACUACUAAGAUCGAAAACCUCAAUCUGAACAUUGGAGCUCUAUCUGUGAAACUCACUCCUGAUGAGAUGCUUGAGCUCGAGACCAUUGUCCAAGCAGAGUCUGUGAAAGGAGAAAGAUAUGGUAACAUGUUGGCCACUUUCAAGAACUCAGACACUCCACCAUUGUCUUCCUGGAAACCUGCAUAAACCAGCUGAGUUGACAUUGAAGCAGUCUUAACUUCUGUGUCAGUAUGAUGAAAGUAAUUGAUCUGUUGUAUCUUGAGAGUAGGUUAUCAAACCCAAAUAUCAGUGUGAAUGUAUUGUAUAAUAAACUAUCUAUAGAGUUCCCCAAGUGAAACUUCAAUCUACAACUCCAUACA